AUGGCGGUACGGUGUCUCCUCUUCCUGGCCCUCCUGAACCGCCACUCGCUGCAGAGCCCCCUGGCAGCCCCCGGUGACGGGAUGAGUGGGGACGACGCCCACCAAGGCAGCCCAGGCCUCAUCCAGUGCGGGGAAUACAGCAACCAGGUCCUGCCCAACGGCCGGUGCAAAAUCAUCGCCACUCUGCCACAGCUGGACGAGCAGCGGUGCCCGGAUAUGUUCCGCUGCACGGACGAAGUCUCCUAUUGGCUCCACGAGAACGAGGAGCGGAAGCAGCAGAUCCUGGAGUUACGGGAGCUCAUCUCGGAGCUGCAGGAGGAGCUGAGAAACCAUCGGCAUCGCAUCAAGGUCCUGGAGCUGCAGCACGAAGAGAAAGCCAGCCGGAACUCCACGGUGGAGCAGCGGGUGCAGGAACUGGAGCAGCACUACCACGAGGCCAGCGCCUUGCAGCACAUGCAGGCCACGCUGCUGUACGACAUGCAGGCCCAGGUGCACAACGUCUCCUUGCUGAUGGAGUGGGUGCGGCACAACCCCGGCUGCCUGAUCCCGGCAGAGAUGCGGCUGCAGCAGGAGAUGCACUACCCAGACGCCAAGCACGCCAAGAACUGCCCCAUUGAUUGUGCCUCCAUUUACUACAACGGGGUCCGGCGAUCCGGUAUCUACAGCAUCAUGCCUUCGGCGGAGGGGCUGCCCAUCGAAGUGUUAUGCGAGAUGGAUGUCGAAGGUGGGGGCUGGACCAUUAUCCAGCGUCGGCAGGAUGGUACGGUCAACUUUAACCGGACGUGGAAUGAGUACAAAGACGGCUUUGGAGAUUUAAACGGUGAAUUCUGGAUGGGCAACGAAAACAUUCACAAGAUCACAAACCAAGGAGACUAUUCGCUCCGCAUUGACCUGGAGGACUGGAAUAAUAAGCACAAGCACGCCUUCUACCAGCUCUUCAGCAUUGAGGAUGAAGUGAAUUAUUACCGCCUCCACGUCGAAGGCUUCAGCGGGACAGUGGAGGACUCGUUUGCUUGGUACCACAACAAGAGAAGCUUCAGCACGCCCGACUCCGGCAACAUCUGCGCCGCCAUCUCCCACGGAGGCUGGUGGUACCACCAGUGCUUCUUCUCCAACCUCAACGGAGUGUAUUACACGGGGGGGCGAUACUCCCUGAAGAACCGCAAGAUUCUGGGCCCCGAUGGAUUGGUAUGGUACACCUGGAAAGACACUGACUAUUACUCCCUCAAGAAGGUCACCAUGAUGAUCCGACCACGCACGUUCCGACCCCAUCUCUCCCCAUGA